AUGGGGUUGAAAACAGAAAGAGAUGCGAAUCUCGACCGACCGCAAAACUUGGCGCAUGAUGUCUAUCGGCCGGUGCCACGGUAGGCGCGAUAAGUUGGGAUCGAAGAAAUUCCGAGAUGCGACGGCGGGCGGCGGCUUCGAUUUUUGCGAAGAGAACCGGGGACCUGUUGGAAAGAAAGAAAAGAAAGGAAGGCAAAAACGAUAAAUCUAGUGAAAAGAGAAAGGACGAGCUAAAAGGGCAAGUUUUCACUUUUCGCUAGAUGUUUGAGUGUGUUAACGUCUCACAGAACGGUGAAGCUUGGAACGCGUUUUCAUUACACGCUUUUGCUUUGGUUUGUAUCCGCCGAGCAUUAAAACACUCUCCACCAACCUUCUCCCUCACAACUUUACACUUCAAAGAACGUUGGAGCUGCGGAGUUUCAAUUUUCAUUUCUCAUUUUAUUUACCCCCAUCCGUCAGCAGUUUUUGUCAAUUAACCCAUGACAUCAUAUAAUUGGCUUCAAUGCCUUUCGUGGAAGCGUCCGAGUUCAAAAACCAACCCAAUGGAUAGACCAAGCUAACAUCACGUUUUAUGAGUAGCAACCGCGUAUCUAUGCGACAUUUUGCAUCGGAGUAAAGGCUUAUUUCCAUAUUUUUCGGGGUUGAAAUUCGAAAUUCCUCGUUUCGGCUUUUCUGUAUUCGUGGAAACUUAACAGAAACCAUUUAGUUAAAACAUUUCAGACCUCCCAUCUUCUCGGAGAGUUUCAACACUUUGCUGGUAAACACUAGCUCAUUCGAGGUAACUACCGGUGUAAAACUCCAAUAUUUCAUUAAAACUUGCAGCCAACAUGCUUCCGGAAGAUCCUCAGCCAAACACUGGAUCCAUCGCUCCAGUCAGCCCACCAUCUUCAAGCCACUACUCCUAAAUUUCGCCCUUUCCCUUAG